AUGGAGAUGUUCAUAGAAUCUCUUGAGUUGUGUUCCUUGAACAAGCUUAGGAUAGGAAGUCCAAUAUUCACUUGGUCAAAUAAUAGAACUGGCACGAAUCAUACCAAAGAAAUACUGGACAGUGCCUUGGGAAAUCCAACCUGGCUACAAAUGUUUAGAGAUGCCUCCUGUAUGGUCAUACCUGUAGUAAAAUCAGACCAUUCACCCCUGAAAAUCUGUUUAGACUGUAAAUGGAAGAUUGGAAAUAGCAAUGUCAGAAUUUUUAGAUUUGAAGCUGCAUGGAACUUGAAGGAAGGGUGUGACCAUUCUAUUAAGGAAGGGUGGAGAAUGGAUGCUCCUGGUGUUAGUCAGACUGAAAGGAUGUCCAGAAGACUUGGGAACUGUAGUUCAGCAUUGAGAAGGUGGAACUCAACAGAGAACAGGAAAACACCUAAUGAGAUUAAGGACAAAAUGAAAAGGCUCGGAGAAUUACAAGAAAUGGGAAGUGGGGAAAAUGAGAUUGAAACAACAUUAGCUGAGGAAGAUUUAAAGUGGAAGCAAAGAGCAAAACAACACUGGAUGAAAAUGGGAGAUAAAAAUACAAAAUUUUACCACCUUCAUGCCACCCAAAGAAGAAACACAAACAUAAUUCAGGAAAUACUUGACUGCAGGGGUAACUUGGUCACUGGGAAACAACAAAUAGGGUCCAUACUCUCCUCCUUCUUCAUUGAGUUAUUCACAUCCUCGAGACCCAUGUGGAAUAGAAGAAUGCCUAGAAAACUUGCCUCAGAAAGUCACUCCUGA